GCAGGUGGAGCCGCGCGCACAUCCGGGUUACUGGUGGGCUGCGCGCGCUCGGCGGCGGGAAGCGGAUCGCCCACUCCUGACGCCUGCCCAGCCACAUCCGGGUCCUUCUCCACUACUACUUCCGGGUCGCGGGGGAGACGGCAAGUUCCGCUUCCGGUGUGGCCGGUACCGGGAAAGUGCCGGUUCCGUUACCCAGGAUAUUGCUGGCAGUAAUACUGAACAUAUGCUUCAAGGAUGUCUCUCUCUCUCAUAAUAAAAUGGGGUGGACAGGAAUAUUCUAUAACCUCAUUAUCAGAAGAUGAUACAGUGUUAGAUCUUAAACAAUCUCUCAAAGGCCUUACAGGCGUGCUACCAGAGCGCCAAAAGCUGCUUGGACUUAAAAUGAAAGGCAAACCUGCAGACAAUGAUGUUAAGCUCGGAGCUCUCAAACUGAAACCAAAUACUAAAAUCAUGAUGAUGGGAACUCGUGAAGAGAGUUUGGAGGAUGUCCUUGGACCACCCCCUGACAAUGAUGAUGUAGUCAAUGACUUUGAUAUUGAAGAAGAAGUUGUUGAAGUAGAAAAUAGGGAAGAAAACCUACUAAAAAUUUCCCGCAGAGUCAAAGAGUACAAAGUGGAAAUUCUGAAUCCUCCUAGGGAAGGGAAAAAGCUGUUGGUACUAGAUGUUGAUUACACACUGUUUGACCAUAGGUCAUGUGCAGAAACUGGGGUAGAGUUAAUGAGGCCAUACCUUCAUGAAUUCCUGACGUCUGCAUAUGAAGAUUAUGAUAUUGUAAUUUGGUCUGCUACUAAUAUGAAGUGGAUUGAAGCUAAAAUGAAAGAGCUGGGAGUGAGUACAAAUGCAAACUACAAGAUAACCUUCAUGUUGGACAGUGCUGCCAUGAUAACGGUGCACACUCCAAGGAGAGGACUAAUAGAUGUGAAACCUCUUGGUGUUAUAUGGGGCAAAUUUUCGGAGUUUUACAACAAGAAAAAUACUAUCAUGUUUGAUGAUAUUGGACGAAACUUUCUAAUGAACCCACAAAAUGGACUAAAGAUAAGACCCUUUAUGAAAGCACAUUUAAAUCGGGAUAAAGACAAGGAGCUUUUAAAGCUUACUCAGUACCUCAAAGAAAUAGCAAAAUUAGAUGACUUUUUGGAACUGAAUCACAAACACUGGGAAAGGUACCUUUCAAAGAAGCAAGGACAAUAGCUUUAAUAAACUCUUGUGGCACUGAACUAAAGGAAACAUAAUUUGAGAUCUUUGGACUUUUCCUUGCUUUUCUGCUAGAACACAAUAGUGCUGGACACUGACUCAAACACCAGAAUGACUGCUUAUACUUGGUCUUCCAGUUGGUUUGUUCUAAUUUUUUUUUUUUAAGAUCACAGCAAUAAGCUCAAAGAGAGAAAUAAGUUACUUUUUCUUGCAUUCAUUUCCGGUGUUAUUUAAAAUACUUUCUCUUUCAUUGCUGCCAUAAUACCCCCAUAACCAUUAAAGAGCAACACCAUUCUGAAACUGGAAAAACAAUUGUUUAGACCAAAAAGGUUGAGUAAGGAGCUAGUCUUGGCAUUCUCUGAAUUCUAUCAGUCCUCUUUCCCCUCUGUCUUAGAAACAGUCUCCCUCUCCCAUUCCACUAUUUAAGACUAUAAAAUACAAGCUGUCUAAUUUUGGUAUAUAUUAGUAUGUCAGUGUUUCUUUGUGCAAGACAGUUCAAGAUUGGAAAGCACCACCUCUAAGGCAAAUAUAUACCUGUGUGCAAACUUUUAUACUAUAAAGCAGUGGAUUACUGGAAUACAAAAGACAAAAUUACAGAGGGAGAGAAAUCCAACCUUGUUUAAGUGAAAAGCAGUCUGCCUGAAGAAAAAUUCUCCUAACCCGAUAAAGGGUGUAAACCUCAAAUGAGAGAGUCACAUUCCUACUAAAGCAUGAACAAAACCCUUGUUCUGUUCUAGUUAACCUUGUCAAAGUGCAAACACUGUGUUUCAAUUAUAAUAUUCAGCCAUACUGUUUUUAAAGUAUAAUUUACUUGCGCUGCUUGAGCCUGCACUAUAGAAGUGAUGUGACUGCUGUUUUGCAUUACUGACAGUCCUGCAUUAUGCAGUUCUUGUAUUUGAAAGAAGACUGACCCUUUCAAAUAAAGAUGGUAUAUAUUGUUCUUAAGGAACUAUAGCAGUUGUGUAAAUAAAAUACCUUUUUCUUAAA